GUUAGACGUGACAAAACUAAAUCAUUGAUUAGAUGCACUGACUUGUGAGCAGGAUUGCGAAACCUCCUGUUGAGAUCCAAUGACAACCAUUUUGAUCGAGAUGAUUUUUCUAUUCCAGGAAAACAAGAAGUUUAUAGUUUCAUCAACAUCAUCGAUUGAUGACACUGAACCAGCUUGAUCAGUGAUGGAUGGGGAUGGGGACUCCAAAAGCGGAGGUGGCGUCAAAAUACACCUUGAGUUGGACGGGGAUGACGUCAACGAAUCGGUGAGCUACAGCAGCGCCACCACCCGGUCAGUUUGCUCACCACCUCCGAUCGCUCUUAAGGAGAUCGAAUCGCUCAACAAUGCUUCAGUGCUCAGCGGCUCCCAAAACAAUCUGUGCAAUGGCUCAGGGGGCGCAACUCUUCGGAAAGUCCCCAACAACACGACGAACGCGUCGAAAGGUGGCGGUAGUCCUGGGAGCGGUGGUCAUAAGAAACCAACGAUUUCCCUGACACACCUACCGAAAAGGCCUCCCGUGGACAUCGAGUUCGCCGACCUCUCGUACUCUGUUUCGGAAGGGAGGAAAAGGGGCUACAAGACCAUUCUCAAAGGGAUCAACGGGAAAUUCAAAUCUGGAGAGCUCACGGGAAUCAUGGGACCUUCGGGGGCUGGAAAAAGUACGCUUAUGAACAUUCUUGCCGGCUACAAAACGUCGAAUCUAGAUGGCCAUGUGAAUAUCAACGGUAAAGAGCGAAGUCUGAGGCGAUUCAGAAAGAUGUCCUGCUACAUAAUGCAAGACGACUGCCUGUCACCUCAUUUAACCGUCAAGGAGGCCAUGCAGGUCUCAGCGAAUCUCAAACUAGGUAAAGGCAUCACGCAGGCGGAUAAGAAAAUCGUUAUCAAUGAGAUUUUAGAGACACUAGGACUACAAGACUGCAUAGACACAAAUUCCUCGAGUCUAUCAGGAGGUCAGAGAAAACGUCUCUCCAUCGCAUUGGAGCUAGUCAACAACCCACCAGUGAUGUUUUUCGAUGAACCGACCAGCGGUUUGGACAGUUCCUCGUGUUUUCAGUGUCUCUGUUUGUUGAAAUCCCUAGCCAGGGGCGGUAGGACUAUCAUUUGUACCAUCCAUCAGCCUUCCGCGAGGCUCUUCGAGAUGUUUGACCAUCUGUAUAUGCUGGCGGAGGGACAGUGCAUAUAUAGGGGGCCGGUCAUGGGUCUUGUGCCGUUCUUAUCAAGUAUGGGGCUGAAUUGUCCCAGUUAUCACAACCCAGCGGAUUAUGUGAUGGAGGUGGCAUGCGGGGAACACGGCGAUUACCUUCAAAAGCUCGUGAUAGCAGUGAACGCAGGCAGAUGCAAGAAAUUUGCGAAUCUCGCUCUUGACACCGCCGUUAGCAAUCGCCUGAUAGCCAAUGACAUUUCCAAGGAAGCGAGUCCUUUGAAGCCUCCCGAAGACGUGGGAGGAGGAGGAGGAGGAGGCAUACCUGCAGCGUUGCCAAAUGGGUCAGCUGUCAAAACCCCCACUACUCCUGCCACUUGCACCACUAGUUUAUUGGACUCCUCGGAACAUCUGACGCCGCUUGAGAAAAACGGAUUUCCAACAACGGGAUGGCAACAAUUUGUGAUCUUACUGAAACGAAGUAUGUAUAUAAUCCUCAUGGACAAAACACUAACCCGAAUGAGAUUGGUCUCACACUUCAUCAUCGGAUGUCUCAUUGGUCUCAUCUACUACGAUAUAGGCGACAAUGCUGCCAAAGUUAUGAGUAAUGCUGGAUGCUUGUUUUUCUGUGUCAUGUUCAUGAUGUUUACCGCCAUGAUGCCUACCAUUUUAACUUUUCCUUUGGAAAUGUCAAUUUUUAUAAGGGAACAUCUGAACUACUGGUACUCUUUAAAGGCGUACUAUCUAGCUAAGACCUUAGCUGAUAUACCAUUUCAGAUAAUCUUGACAACGUGUUACGUGGUCGGCGUUUAUUUCAUAACCUCGCAACCCUUGGAUGCACAAAGAUUCGGCAUGUUUCUUCUUUCUGCCGUGCUCAUAGCUCUAGUUUCUCAAAGCUACGGCCUCUUAGUUGGAGCUGCCUUCAAUAUUGAGGGAGGCGUAUUUCUAGGACCAAUCUCCACUAUCCCCAUGGUGCUUUUCUCAGGCUUCUUCGCUAACCUUGAAGACAUUCCCUACUACCUGAAAUGGCUGCCAUACAUGAGCUACCUUAAGUAUGGCUUCGAAGCCAGCAUGGUUGCCAUUUACGGCCUGAACAGAGGAAAGCUCGAAUGCAAGAUCGACUACUGCCACUUCAAGUACCCCAAGAAAUUCUUGGACCAGAUGAGCAUGAACGGUGACAUGAACACGUACUUGAUAGAUAUUGGGGUGCUCAGCGGGCUGUUCGUUUUCCUGAGGAUCUGUGCGUACUUUGUUCUUCGAAUAAAGCUGUUCCAAAAUCGGUAAAAUGAGAUCGAAAUGUGAGAAAUCCGAAUUCCGCUCAUUACACUGGCUCAUUCGUAUCAAAAGGAUAAUACGAAGCAUUUCGAUAUCCAACUCUCAUUACAAAAGUGAAGUAUCACUAAAAUAUAGACUAGUUCCAAAAUUGGUGAAGUAGCUUUGAAGCUCUAGCGCGUUGGAAAUCGCAACCUGCUCAGUAGUAUGACUUAUCAAAUGUGUCCUGGUGGCAUCUUGAAAACAUGGCGCCAAAUACAUUACCCUCGCUUAUAUACCCCAUUCGUAGUCCAUUUACCUCCAGACAAAACACAACAUGCCCAAAAGCGAGGUUGUACAGGUCCGUAUUUUCCUCAAUGAUCUUGGAAUAAUCUAACAAAAUAAAUGACUUUUUAUAGAAAGAAGUGCACAUACUUUCCAUAAUUCUUUAUUCGCUGGAAGUACUUCAUCGUCCUAAUGGUUAAUUAAUUAUUACAGGAUCAAUUUGAAUAUCGAUCAUAUUGUCCAGAUCUUUGUUUCGAUCAGUGGCGGCUCGUGAGGUAGUGCCACGGUGCCAUGGUGCCAUGGCACUACCUUGUCUUCUUCAAAAAGAAUAUUUUUUUCAAUUUCCAAUGUUUUACUUUAUUUUCUGCUUUUUCAUUUUUUUUUUGGUAUAAAUUAUAUGAAGUGACAACACUGACAACGUGACAACACCGCAAGCACCCGCCUGCACCCGACCGACGCGAAGAGACGGAAAGCAUGCCUUGACCUUGACGUCAUCAACUUGUGCCAAUUUUUGGGCGGCCCAAAUAAAAAGAGAGAAAUUUUACCAGCAUCGCAUACGAGCGACAGAGAUAACGCUACGCUAGACAUUUUUAUAUGAGGUGAAUAGCGAAAGACAAGUAUAAUUUGUGUCAGGCACAUCAUCAGUCGUAAUUCGUUAUCAAAUGAUAUCGGCGGUGUCUUUGUUCGGUCGGUCGUUUCGUUAUGAUUACGUCUAGUGCUGAUUUCGGUCUUUUUUUACCUGAAAAGUGAGAAAUAACGUUUUUGUUUUAGUACGUCUAGUGUUAAUGAACUGCUCUGUUUUGUGAUCAUAUUUUUUACUGUUUUAUUAAAACUAGUGAAAAUGAAUAAAAUCGGGAUAUUAAAAAACUCAUUUAGUGGUUUUUCGCUGGAUCAAAAACUGCAAAUUAAAGAAUUAGGACGGCAAAUACCCGAUUUAAAAAUUGAGAAACAAAGUGGUAGCGGACAAAAAUCGCGCUGUCGCAAAUUUAAUAAAAAUGUGUACGAUAAAAACAGCUGGAUAUGAGGUUGUGAAGAAACGAAUAAACUAUUUUGUUUUGUAUGUGUUCUAUUUGGAGGUGACGAGACUUGGUCAAAAAAAGGUACAGACGAUCUUAUACAUAUGUUACAGGCAAAGCCCGAAGCGCGGGCAAUCCG